AUGAAGGCGGCCCGCUUCGUGUUGCGCAGCGCCGGCUCGCUGAGCAGCGCCGGCCUGGUCCCCCGCGAGGUCGAGCAUUUCUCGCGCUACAGCCCAUCCCCGCUGUCCAUGAAGCAGCUGUUGGACUUUGGUUCAGAAAAUGCAUGCGAAAGAACUUCUUUUGCGUUUUUGCGGCAAGAAUUACCUGUAAGGCUAGCCAAUAUUCUAAAGGAGAUUGAUAUUCUCCCUGAUCCAUUAGUAAACACCUCUUCAGUACAACUGGUUAAAAGCUGGUACAUCCAGAGCCUGAUGGAUUUGGUGGACUUCCAUGAGAAAAAUCCAGAGGACCAGAAAGCAUUAUCUGAUUUUAUAGAUACACUUGUCAAAGUUCGGAAUAGACACCACAAUGUAGUCCCUACAAUGGCACAAGGAAUCAUCGAGUAUAAAGAUGCCUGUACUGUUGACCCAGUCACCAAUCAAAAUCUUCAGUAUUUCUUGGAUCGAUUUUACAUGAAUCGAAUUUCUACCCGUAUGCUGAUGAACCAACACAUUCUUAUAUUUAGUGACUCACAGACAGGAAACCCAACCCACAUUGGAAGUAUUGAUCCAAACUGUGAUGUGGCCGCUGUUGUUCAAGAUGCCUUUGAGUGCUCAAAGAUGCUUUGUGAUCAGUAUUAUUUAACAUCACCAGAAUUAAAACUCACACAAGUGAAUGGAAAACAUCCUGGUCAGCCAAUUCACAUUGUGUACGUUCCUUCUCACCUUCAUCACAUGCUCUUUGAACUAUUCAAGAAUGCAAUGAGGGCAACAGUUGAACACCAGGAAAAAUGGCCUUCUCUUACACCAGUUGAAGUGAUUGUUGUGUUGGGAAAAGAAGACCUAACAAUUAAGAUUUCAGACAGAGGAGGUGGUGUUCCUCUGAGGAUCACUGACCGACUCUUCAGUUACACCUACUCCACUGCACCAACACCUGUGAUGGAUAAUUCCCGGAAUGCUCCUUUGGCUGGUUUUGGUUAUGGCUUGCCAAUUUCUCGUCUAUAUGCCAAGUAUUUUCAAGGAGAUCUGAAUCUCUACUCUUUGUCAGGAUAUGGAACAGAUGCUAUCAUCUACUUAAAGGCUUUAUCUUCAGAGUCUGUAGAAAAACUCCCAGUUUUUAACAAGUCAGCUUUUAAACAUUAUCAGAUGAGCACUGAGGCUGACGACUGGUGUAUUCCCAGUAAAGAACCAAAGAACCUAGCGAAGGCAGACGUGGCUGUGUGAAGAAGGACACCAUGACACUGAAGGGAUCAAAGUGCUUCUACGCCAGUGCAGCUUCCUGAAUGUUUGCAUGUAAACGUGUGUUUCCUCACAAACAACCAACAGCAACAGAAACUCCUUGAUCAGACCACUGAGUGACAAGGAAAGAGGCUUGUUUCUGUGACCUAGGAAAAACGUAGUGCUCGAUUACAGGCAUUAAACAACUCUUCAUUUUACUUCAUUUAGAGUAGCUCUUAAGUUUCUAUCAAAUCCUGAAGAAGAAAUAGCCCUCAGCUUCCCAUCUUUUUACCAAAGACUGGGAAGAAGAAUGAAUGCGAAGACAAAGGUUAAUAGUUUC